AUGUUUCUUCGACGUCCUCUUUCUCUUCUUUCCAGCUCGGGGUUGAGAAGACAACGACGACAGAGAGGCGGAGAAAGACACGGGUUCAGAGGAGGAGGAAAGAAGAAGCGCGCGUCUUUCGCGUCUUUGACGACGAGUACUAAUGAUACGAAUAAAGAAGAAUCAUCAAUUUUCCAAUCUCGCUUGUAUUCCCCGAAACCGACGCGUUUGUCGCACAUCCAAAGCGCGUACGUGCACCUGCCGUUUUGCAAACAAAAGUGCCACUACUGCGAUUUUGCGACGCAAAUAAUAGGAGACAGAAGAACAGGACGAGAUGGGGGGAAAAUAAACGACGCGAUGGAUGCGUACACCGAUUUCGUGUGCCGGGAAAUCACCCACCAAGGACGGUUACGUGGGACGUACGAGAAGACGAGCUCGAGAGGAGGAAGAGAAAAAAACGAGAAAGGGUUGGCAACGAUUUUCUUUGGAGGAGGGACGCCGUCGUUAAUGUCGGUGAAACAAAUGGAAAAGUUACUGGUGAGUUUAGAGAACGCGUUUGGAAUCGAUUGGUCUCAGGUUGAGAUAUCCAUGGAGUGCGAUCCCGGGACGUUUACGCGGGAGAAGCUGAGAGGCUUCGUAGGAUUGGGCGUCAAUCGAAUAUCGUUAGGCGCGCAGAGUUUCGACGAGAACGUUUUGAAAGCGUGCGGAAGAACGCACGGGGUUUUGGAGAUUUACGAGAGCAUAGAGCACGUGCACGCGUUAUUAGGGAGUGGUAGGAGUAGUGGUGGUAAGAGUGAUAGUAAAUUUAGCGGGAGUAGAUCAAACUCAAUCGAGACGUGGUCGAUCGAUUUAAUCAGCGGUUUACCCGGGUCGACGUUGGAGAUUUGGGAGAAGGGUUUAUAUGAAGCGAUCGAGUGCGAGGCACCGCACGUGUCCGCGUACGAUUUGCAAGUGGAAGAGAAGACAGCGUUCGGGAAGUGGUACGGGGACGACGAUUCAGACGAUUCAGACGACGGGUUGCUCUUUUUAAAAGACAGCAGUAAAAAUCGAGACAAGCGCACGGAGGAGAUGAAAAGAGCGGAUGCGAAAGCGAAAACGUUCGAAGAGCGGAUGGAAGAAAUCAGACGAGAAACGGACGACGAUUACAGCAUAAAACAGAGAAAGAAACUAGAGAAGGAACGGCAAAACAAGAAAGUGGCGUAUAAACUCGGCGACCGGUUACCUCUCCCUUCCGAAUCCGUCGUCGCCGAGCAGUACAAGUUAGCGUCUGAAAUCUUAACCUCGCGCGGCGGCUUCCACCGGUACGAAAUCUCCUCCUUCGCUAAAGGCGUAGAAAACGAAUGCAAACACAACAAAAACUAUUGGGACGCUAUAAACGGCUCGUGGUACGCGUUUGGUUUAUCUGCCACCAGUCGCAUCGACAACGAACGAUUAGCGCGACCGAGAGGGAUGAAACAAUACUACGGUUUCGUCCAAGAUUUCGAACAAAAUUCCUUCGGCAGCGAAGAGGCGUUUACGCAGCUACGAAAAGAUUGCACGGACGAGGAAGUUUUAGAUGAAAUCGCGGACGCGAUUUUAGAACGCAUCAUGCUCGGUUUUCGAACCGCGCGAGGCGUGGACGUUCAAGAGCUCGAACGUUCGUUCGGAGCAAAAGUCGUCCAAGAGUUAUUCGACGCGUUGCGCUUCGUCGAAGAAACGUCCGCCAAUGACGUUGGAAACAACACCUUUGGCAAAAAAGCAAAGGAGAAGGAGAGGAAGCUGUACGAAACUUUACCACGGGACGACGAUUCAAACAAAAUCAAAGCCGUGCGCUUGACCGACCCGGACGGGUUCUUGGUCUCCACCGAGAUCAUCGCCACCGUCAUCUCUCGCAUGCCUUCGUUGAAAGACAUUUGA